AUGAGACCGGAGGAUCAGGGGAAAUAUCAACAGCCCCAAUCACCACACUUAUUGCAAGCUGAGGGUGAUGACCUGGCCUCGGCCACUAAAUGCAAUAUCCGGCAAUUGCUGCAUGAGAUGAAACAAAUGUUUGACUCGGACAUAGACUUGGCCCAGACGGAGAUACAAGCUGUGACCACAAGAGUUCAGGCAAUGGAAGAAGAUAUAAUGGGCUUAUGCCAAGAGGAGAACAGCAUGGGGCACACCCUCUGCCAGUUGCAGUCUGCCCACACAGUAGUCCAAACUAAACUGGAUACCAUAAAGGACCACAGCAGACAGAAAAAAUCUAGGGGUCCCAGAUACUAUCGGUCUGACCGAACUGCAACUGCUGGGCUCACAAGCCAAAAAGCUGGAAUUUGA